AUGUCAUCCGUACCGCAGUACCUGACUGGUGACAAGCAAGGUAUCAAGGCAUUUCUGGACAAAUUUGACGUUUUCCUCUUCGACUGCGAUGGUGUCCUCUGGUCCGGCGACCACGUCUUCCCCGGCACGGUCGAAACCCUCUCCCUCCUGCGCAGCCGGCACAAACAAGUCGUCUUCGUGACCAACAACUCGACCAAAUCACGCGCCGACUACAAAAAGAAGCUCGACUCGCUCGGCAUCCCCGCCAGCGUGGAAGAAAUCUUCGGCUCCUCCUACAGCGCCGCUAUCUACAUCUCCCGCAUCCUGCAACCGCCGCCGCACAAACGCAAAGUCUUCAUCCUCGGCGAGAGCGGCAUCGAAGCCGAGCUCGACAGCGAAGGCAUCCCGCAUCUCGGCGGCAGCGACCCCGCCUUUCGACGCGACAUCACGCCGGCCGACUACCAAGCCAUCGCGGCGCGGGACGCGUCGAUGAUCGACCCGGAAGUCGGCACCGUGCUCGUCGGCCUCGACCACCACGUCAACUACCUCAAGCUCGCCCUCGCCUACCACUACAUCACCGGGCCGAACCAGGCCACCUUCCUGGCCACCAACAUCGACUCGACCCUCCCCUCGGCCGGAGCCCUCUUCCCGGGUGCGGGAAGCAUGUCCGCGCCCCUGAUCAUGAUGCUCGGCGGUCCCGGCCGCGAACCCCUGUCGCUGGGCAAGCCGAGCCUACGGGGGCAAAUUUCGCUUCGACCGCAAAAAGGCGUGCAUGGUGGGCGAUCGCGUGAACACGGAUAUCACCUUUGGGAUCGAGGGCGGGUUGGGCGGCACGUUGGCCGUCUUGACCGGUGUGGACAGUAA